AUGUGCUUGCUUGGAGCUCUCGGAUUCCUGUUCAACAAGGACAAGGACGAGGACAAUUCUUACGGUCGCAACCCUGCCAAUGGGCCUCGACCUUCAAAUGGGCCUCAAAAUCCUGCCAUGGGUGGCCAAUACCCCACGGCACCUCGUCCAGGCCCUCCACCUGCAGGUCCUCCCCCGGGCCAGGCACCUCCCUACCGAUAG